CUCCCAGAAAGAAACUUUGACAGCCGACAAUCUGUAGAUCAGAGAAGAGAGCAACCUAAUCACUCAAGACAUCAACAGCAAGGAGAGCCCAAAAACCGCGUCAAUAACGGACUUUACCGAAGAAUUUCUGAAGUGAACUUUGUGAACGAGUUUGUCAAGCACCCAUGUGUACUCUGUGGCAAUCGGCAUACAGUAGAUCAAUGCUUUAAAAUUAUUGAUGUGAACAACCGAAGAGAAGAAUUGCUCAUGGGUGGACGAUGCACCAGAUGUCUUGGAAAACAUUCGUUCAAAAAUUGCCGUCUUGUGAAAUUACAUGUAUGUCGAUAUUGUAAUGAUGAGGAUCCUAACGUUGAACUUCAUAAUUAUGGGCUCUGUCCAAAGCCUACUCCGAGCCAAAAGCCAGCGGAAGAUGAAUCUGCUUUAUGA